CUCCAUCCAAUCUUAGGAAACACGUUGAGAGAAAACAUCCAAACCAACUUAAAAAAUAUGAAGAGCUGACAUCAGCAAAAAGAAAGAGGCCUGUAACUGAGACUCCCUCCACCAGCACCAACAGGCAGAUGACCACAUUUCUGACCACCACCUGUUCUGCUGUGUCCCAAAGGUCACUUGAUAAAGCUGUCUUGAAGUAUGUGGUCCAUGGACUCCAGCCCCUCUCUCUGGUUGAACAAGAACCAUUUAUAGAGUUUGUGAAGGAUCUGCUGCCUAAUGCCAGAGCAAAAAUUAUGACAAGAGUGACGCUGGGCUCCAGGAUGGACGAGGCCGCCAAGGAGAUGAAGACAGCGGUGACUGAGGCCAUGAGGGGAGUUGAGUAUAUUGCCACCACCACUGACUGCUGGUCUGUCCGAAGACGAAGCUUCAUUGGUGUUACUGCCCACUGGAUCGACGCAGACACUCUCAAAAGAUGCUCGGUAGCCCUAGCCUGCAAACAGCUGAGAGGCUCGCACACUUUCGAGUUGUUGGCAAAUGCCCUCAAUGAUAUCCAUUCUGAGUUUGGGAUUAGAGGAAAGAUCGUCAGAACAACAACAGACAACGGCUCUAAUUUUGUCAACGCUUUCCAGGUUUUUGGUGAAGAUAACAGUGCAGUGGAAGCAGUUAGUGAUGGUGAUCGAUCUCAACCAAGAGAGGCUGAAGAGGAUGAAGAGGAGAGUGAAGAAGUGGUGUUUGUGGAUGUGUCAGGACUUCUGAGCGAAGAUGAUGGUUUGGAGUUCGAGCUGCCAAAGCACCAGCGCUGCGUUUGUCACCUAAUCAACCUCAUCGCUACAGUUGAUGCUGCAAAAGCAAUGUCCAACGAGCCAUACAAGAAAAUGCACCGUUCAACAUUUGGCAAGUGCAGUGCCCUCUGGAACAAAUCUUGCCGGUUGACACUUGCAGCUGAAACUGUUUCAGAUGUGUGCUCCCUCCAGCUGCUCAGCCCAAAUGUUACCAGGUGGAAUUCCUUCUUUCUGGCAGUGGAGAGACUACUAAGGAUCAUCAAAGACAAGGGAGAGGGGGCCAUCAGAGUAAUCUGCACAGAGUUCAAAGUUCCAAUGUUCAAUCCAGCCGAACUUGCAUUUCUUGCAGAGUAUAACGCUGUCAUGAGCCCAGUUGCCCAGGCCACCAACAUCUUGCAGGCAGAAGAAAAUGUCCAGAUGGGGUGGCUACAACCCACAAUCAACCUGUUGACUGCUAAACUUGACCGAGUCAAGUUGACAGUGAAAUACUGCAGGCCUCUGGUGGAUGCUCUACAGGCGGGAUUGAAGACUCGUUUUGGCCACAUGACACAAGACCCGGAGUUAAUUGCAGCCGCGAUUCUUCUCCCAAAAUUCAGAACUUCCUGGACGAAGGAUGAUGCCACCAUCAGAAUGGGAGUCGACUACAUCAGGGAACACCUUGAAGCACCUCCCCUGCAGUCUGAUGGUGGCAAUCCAAGCUCUUCUGAUGAGGAAGACUUCUUUUCCUCACUGCAGUCACCUCACACAGACAGCUCCAAAGAACUGGAGGGAUAUUUGGCCUUCUCAUCAGAUAGAAUGGAAUCACUGAAGUCCUUCCCAGCCUUGUGCAAGCUGUCUCUGAAGCUAAACACACCUUUACCUGCCUCAGCAGCAUGUGAAAGGCUGUUUAGCAUUGCUGGUCUGGUCUUCAGCCCAAGAAGAGUGAGACUGAGUUCUCGCCAUUUUGAGAACCAACUUCUUUUGAGGUUGAACAAAAAGUUUCUCAGGGUUCAGUAAUGACUGGAUGGACAGUUCAAGUGCUGUCGCACUGAAGUCAUGUUAAAGUUCAACCAAUCAAGUUUUUGUUUGUUUGCAUCACCUUCGAGCACCAAGAGUUCAUUAGGAAUUAUUUUAUAUUGAAUGCACGUGGGUAUGAAUGUUGGU